AUGAUGGCGCACUACCGCGCGGCGCAGCCGCCGGCGGACCAUGAUGUCAUCCUGAAGGACCUCCAGGAACGCGUUCUCGACAUUGGUAUGCGCUCCGUGAACAAGGCGCACGUGGAGCUCUUUGGCUCACACGUGAGUGGCUUCUGCAAGCCAACGUCUGACGUGGAUCUCUCACUGACGUAUCGAAAAUUUUCGCCGUGGCUGCAGGGGCUCGAGCGCGUGGACGAGCAGAAUAACAAGCGCUUGAUACGCUUCUCCAAGGAGGCGGCAGAGAUGGGAAUGGAGGAAGUACGCUACAUACGCGCCCGUAUUCCCGUUGUACAGUUCACCGACAGCCUCACGGGCCUGCACUGCGACGUUAGCAUCGGCAACGUGGGUGGGGUGGAGAACUCCAAAAUUCUUGCCGCCAUUCGCGGUGUGUUCCCUGACUUCUAUCGGGCGUACAUUCACCUUGUGAAGGAGUGGGGCAAGGCGCGCGAAGUUAUUGCACCGGAGCGCAGCACCUUUAAUAGCUUCACUGUCACAACGAUGGCGCUCAUGGUGCUACAGGAACUCGGUCUGUUGCCCGUCUUCACGAAGCCGACCGGUGACUUUGGCGAGUUGACGCUACCGGACGUGGAGCUACAGCUGGAGAGCUUCACACUGCCGCCCAUCUACGACUCCCUGCAGGGCGACGACGAGAAGCUGGGCGAGGCGGUGUACUUCUGCCUUCAGCGGUUUGCAGAGUAUUACUCCAAGUAUGACUUCCAGUCUGGCACUGUGAGUCUCAUUCAUCCGCGUCGUCACCGCAAUGCGUACGAGCAGGUGGUGAAGCGCCACCUGCAGCUGCUGGCUGCGCGGAAGCGGCAGGAGUGGGAGCUGCACCUUGCUGAGCACAAGGAGGAUGGUGCGCUCGACGAAAAUGACUUCUCCGCGGCCAUGCAGAAUGAGGCGACGCAGCGACCCAGCACAUCGCCGUACGUCGUGGAGGACUUUGUGAACUACGUGAACUGUGGUCGUCGCGUGCAAGCGUCGCGUGUGCGGCAUGUGCAGCAGGAAUUCACACGUCUGCGCGAGAUGCUCGUGGACAACGAGAAGGAGGUGAAGUUCAAUGAGGUCUACCGCGAGAGCGACGUGGUGCCACGCUUCCACGGCGCCGAAGGUUCCGGCACACGGGAUCCGCGCGUGAAGGUUUUCCGGGCACAGUAG